AAAUUAACAGUAUCGAUAGAUCUUCCUUCUCAACAUGAUGAGCAACAAGCUGUUAUUUGUACAGUUGGAACAUUAUGAACGCAGAUGGAGGAUCUGCUGGUUAAAAUGUAAAAUGUAUUGUAAAAAAUUAGUUCGUUGCAAAGCCCGCUAUCAGAAUGAAGUGUGUUGGAGUGUUAGCUUUGUUGAUUUCAAUACAAUGGAUUGGUAGAUUCAUAGAUUUACAACCUCGCGAAGUAGUUGUGCAAGAGAGUCAGCAAGAAUUUGUAAGCAACGGAGGUGCCGCUGAUGAAAUCCUGAACACUGAAAAUAAGCACUACGUGAAAGAUGGUAAUGCCCCAACUGAACCCCAAAAUGUUCACUUUCAUCCCACCAAUGAUACGGAGCGCGGUAAUGCCCCAACUGAACCCCAAAAUGUUCACUUUCAUCCCACCAAUGAUACGGAGCGCGUGGAUAGUAGCCAAACUACGACUCAGACAUACGUGGCAGACGACGCAGACUUGUCAUCGGAAUCAAUCAAUCAAUCUGAACCAUACUUUUUUAUAGAUCUAGAAAAUCUGUUGGAUCAAUCAAGUAAUGUGUUAGGUAACAUCUCCAAUUCUACUGCUAGUUCCAUUGCAUCCAUCACGUCAUCGUUAAAUGCCAUUUCUACGGCGUCUUUCGAAAUGCUGCCAAAGGUAGCUGAUCACGUAAACCUAAUAUACACAGGCCUCUCGAAAGUCGCUGGACCUGAUAUUGUCAUACGAAUCAUAUUGAUCAGAUCUUUACCAAGCAUUUUUCAUACCAUUACUUCCGCUGUAAAUGAACUAGAAUCUGCCAUUGGUGUCGAAGCAUCCGAAGCCCUGAAAAAAUUCAUUGUUAAUGUUAAAAGCUCACUCAAAACUAUUCUUCUUGUUCUAAAUGGUUUAGCCGAAGAAAAUGUAAAUAUUCUGGAAACCAUUCAAGAGAUCGCCAGGAGUGUUCAAUAUGUUGCUUCGUCUGUCACUUCGAUUUCAUUAACCAUUUAUGAGGCGAUUGAUCGCGUAAAUAAAAUCGUAGUAGAAGCUGUGAUUUCUUUGCAAUUGAUUUUUGCAGCCGUUUUGAAUGUGACUCAAUGGGUUCUUUCGUUAGGUGUUUCAAUUUUCUAUUCACUAGUUGGAAAUGAAAGCGAAAUUCUCGUCAUUCUGUCUCAAUUGACUAUUCUAAUAUCGAACACACUGGAAAAUGUGUCCAGAAUUUGUUCAGUCAUUUCGAUGAUACGCUCAGACAGUCUUGAAAAUAUAUUCGUCAAACUUGUGCCAUUAAUUCAAGAUUUAAAACAACUGGUGACCCUAUCAUACACUCCAAUAAGUGGCAAUGCCGCUAGCAUUGUCUUUAACAUUGACCAAAUACUGACAGACAAUUCCAAACAGCCUGUCGUAGAACUUAAGCAUGACACUGCGGGAACUAUUCCGGAAAUUCUAAACAAUUUGUCUGGUAAACUAAUCUCCCUUUCACCAGAUUUGUCAUCCGCAUUGUUUAGCUUGAACAAUUCGCUGAAAAUUAGUUCACAUUUCGGAUCAUCAGCUCUAAAAGUAAUCAGCAACAUCCUAAUACUUGUCCUUACAAGACUUACUUCAGUAAAUCAUACAGCUUCCGAGAUUCUGUCAUUGAUUUCAGAUUUGUUGGACGGAACAUUCGGUCAUCUGUUCGAUGUUUUAGCUAAAUUUUCCGUCUUAGGCGAUGUAAGCGAGUCACUUAAAGAGGCUGUAUUAAGCAUUCACAAUGCUUUGCGAUUGCUAAUCGAUUCCAUCAACUUUUCAAUCGUUUCAACAUAUUUGAAUAUAGAUGAAUCAAUUAAGAAUGUCGCAAAAACUUGCCAAAUUUUGAUCUCAUCAUUUUCCGCUAUAUUCGAGGUUGUGUCUCAAGCAAACAGAGAUAUUUCUAACAAACUAUCGGAAGUCAUUACGUAUCUGCCAUACAUUGUUUCCACUUUAGUUGUUGUCGUUCAAUUUGUACUUGGUGCAUCCAUUCCAAAGGUGUUAGUAACGUUUGGAAGUGUACCUUCCAAUUUACAAGAGUUAGCUCUUGCAAUAUCGACAAUUUUGCAAAGAAUUACAUCGAUUACGGCAAAUAUUACAUUAGCACAAAGUGGAACUGACGUCAACUACGGUGAAAUUAUUAGCAACAGUUUGUCGUCCGUUUCUGAACUAAAACUUUUAGCCUCAACUUCAUUGAGUGCAAUAAGUGAAGUUUUAGCUAAUGUUCAAGUGUCUUUGGAUGUUGGUAACGAUGUUGUUCAAUGAAUAAAGAAGAUUGAAGACUCUGAAGAACUUUUAGCAGUCAGUUGAAUUAGUUUCACAGACGGCAAGUACGUCAAUGAAUCUGUUAGUUCUUUCGUUUAAAUAUCUUUUUCUCAUGUACUUCCUUAGAUUAUAACGAAAUCAAUGGUCAUUUGUGUUGUCACUAUCUAUAAUGAAUGUUUAGAUUUAAUUUGAAACUGUAUUUUAGAAAUAAUAAAACUAUUGUGUGAAGAUAUCAUCUGA